UUUAAUCCAAACGGUUCAAAUGUCAUUGUCUGAAUGUAUCAAAUGUCAAAUUAUUUUUCAUUUGCAAAUUAUUAAAUUUAACUGUCGGUUGAAAAACAAGGGCCAUAACUGAGAACGUUUAUUACAUAAGUGGGACUGCAGUGAACUUGACCAGGUACGGGAUGCUCACGUGGGUGAACAAUUUCUUCAGGACCAACUUUGGACAUAUUGAAGAGAUGUGCACAGAGGCACACUAUUAUUUAUUCAUGAAUAUAUUGUUUCCUGGAUACGUACCCAUGUCGGGGGUGAAGUUUGGUGGGUACCAGGACCAGGAGUCCACCCAAAACAUUAAAAUUUCCGAAUAAAUUAUCAAUAUUCCGUUGUUUCCUUUAUUUAUUUUAGUUUAUUUUUAUUGGUCAUAAGAUUAUAGAGCAAGUAAUAAACAUAAAACAGUACUAUCAUCACAAAUUGUUAUCAAUUUUUGUACAAAAUCAAUAUCACAUAACCUAUUAAUUCUUGACAUUUAUACUAGAAAUAUCCAAUCAAUAUUAAAUAAUCAUAUAUUCCCAAGCAUUUUAUAUUAUUACAAAUUCACAGAAACAAUGGCCCAAAAUGUCGACUUCUCACACAUGACCAGCGAUAACUUGUCCAGACACCAGAUGCUAGCAUGAAUCAAUGCCUUAUUGCCCAGCAAGCUUGAGAAGAUUAAGGACCUUUGCAGCGAUUCUGCUUAUUGUCUGAUCAUACAUUAUCUGUUUUUCAACACCAUUCAGUCGACCAGGGUGUACAGCCACAUCCACAACUACAAGAUACUACAGGAGAGCUUCAAGAAAUUGAAGUUGGAUAAGAAAGUACCAGUCAAUAGAUUGAUUAAGGGACGUUUCCAUGAUAAUUUCGAGUUCUGGCAGUUGUUCAAGCAGAUCUACGACGGUAACUAUAGAGAUCAGAUCAUACCUGUCAUAAAAACAGUUAGCAGCAUGUCGGACGCAAAGAACGUCGAGGACGUGAACAAAACGAUCGCCAAGAUGAAACUGAAACGUCGAGCCUUGAGGAAGGAAAUAAACUUUUACGCAUGCAAACUAAUAAACAUUCAAAUAUUGUGUGAAGGAUUACAAGAUGAAUGUCCAAGGUUGGAAAAAAUAUUGCACGUAUUGAGGUCUGGAAAAAAACCCUGUUACCGUGCCGAUUCUAGUGACGAUGAACCAGGAGAAGGACCAUCACAUGAAUAUGAUAACUAAGUAUUUUUAUAACUUUCCAAAUAAACAAUUGUAUUAACCUUAAAUGUCAGUAUUAUUUAAACCAAACAGUUCAAACGUCAUUGUCUCAAUGUAUCAAAUGUCAAAUUAUUUUCCAUUUGCAAAUUAUUAAAUUUAGCUUUCGGUUGAAAAACAAGGGCCAUAGCUGAGAACGUUUACUUCACAAGUGGGACUGCAGUGAACUUGAGCAGGUACGUGAUGCUCACGUGGGUGAACAAUUUCUUCAGGACCAACUUUGGACAUAUUGAAGAGAUGUGCACAGAGGCACACUAUUAUUUAUUCAUGAAUAUAUUGUUUCCUGGAUACGUACCUAUGUCGAGGGUGAAGUUUGGUGGAUACCAGGACCAGGAGUCUAACCAAAACAUUAAAAUUUCAGAAUAAAUUAUCAAUAUUCUGUUGUUUCCUUUAUUGAUUUUAGUUUAUUUUUAUUAGAUAUAAGAUUAUAGUGUAAGUAAUAAACUUGAGACGUUACUAUCGAAACAAAUUAUCAACUUUUGUAGAAAAUCCAAUAUAAUAAGACUCAUCUUUCUGAAGUCACAUAACUUAUUAAUUCUUGACACUUAUACUAGAAAUUUCCAAUCGAUAUUAAUAUUGAUAUUAUAUAUUCCCAAGUAUUUUACAUCAUCACAAAUUAUUUUGACGUUGCAAAACUAAUUUAAAAUAACGUCAGAAUCAAUGGCUCAAAAUGUCUAUUUCUCAAACAUGACCAACGAUAACUUGUCCAGACACCAGAUGCUAGCAUGGAUCAACGCCUUAUUGCCCAGAAAAUUGGCGAAGAUCGAGGACCUUUGCAGCGGCUCUGCUUAUUGCCAGAUCAUGCACUAUCUAUUUCCCAACUCCAUCCAGAUAACCAGAGUGAAGCUCAAUUCUAAUGACGAGUACAGCCGCAUUCACAACUACAAGUUACUGAAGGAGAGCUUCAAGAAAUUGAAGGUGGACAAGGAAAUACCAGUCGACCGUUUGAUUAAAGGACGUUUCCAAGAUAAUUUCGAGUUUUUACAGUGGUUCAAGAAGUUCUACGACAUUAACUAUAGAGGUCAGGCCAUACCUGUCACAAAAACUACAAGCAACAUGACUGACGCAAAGCAAAUUGAGGAGCUGAACAAAACGAUCGCUGAGAUGAAACAAAAAGAACAGAACUUACAUAAGGAAGUAAGCUUUUUCACAGGCAAACUCUCAAACAUUGAAGUCUUGUGUCAGGAAGCCAAAGAUCAAUGUCCCCAGUUGGAAAACAUAUUGAAGGUAUUGACUUCAGAAGGCGGUUGCGUCACCCCUCGUGAGUCCGGAGAUAACAAAACAGGCCAAGGAGCAACACAUGAAGUUGAAGACGUUAAUAAAUAAGUAUAUUUGUACCUUUAUAAAUAAACAAUUGUAUUAACCUAG